GUUCCAAGGGCGGAAGUGCGUUCCAGUUCUUGGCCGCAGACCAACCUGCAACAUGGUGGCUCCGGUGUUGGAGACGGCACAUGUGUUUUGCUGCCCUAACCGGGUGCGGGGAGCCCUGAGCUGGAGCCCUGGGCCGGGAGGGCUUCUGGCCUUCGGUACCUCCUGCUCUGUGGUGCUGUAUGAUCCUCAGAAAAGGAUUGUUAUUACCAACCUGAAUGGCCACACUGCUCGAGUCAAUUGUGUACAGUGGAUUUGUAAACAGGAUGGUUCUCCUUCUACUGAAUUAGUUUCUGGAGGAUCUGAUAAUCAUGUGAUUCACUGGGAACUAGAGAAUAACCAGCUUUUAAAAGCAGUGCACCUCCAAGGUCACGUGGCACCUGUUUAUUCAGUGUGUGCUGCUUACCAGGAGAGGGCAUCAGACGUCACAUUGCAAACACUGAUCGUUUCUGCUGCUUCGGAUUCAAUUGUUCUAAUCUGGUCUAAAAAGGCUUCAGAAGUCACAUGCCUUCAGUCCUUGGACUUUGGAAAUGGAUUUGCUCUGGCCCUCUCCUUAUCUUAUUUGCCUGACACUGAUGUACCAGUAUUGGCGUGUGGUGAUGACGACUGCAGAAUUCAGCUCUUUGUUCAACAGGAUGGUCAGUUUCGGAAUGUGCUUUUUCUUCGUGGCCAUGAGGAUUGGAUAAGAGGCGUGGAAUGGACGAUCUUUGGUAGAGAUCUUCUCUUAGCAAGUUGUUCUCAAGACUGCCUGAUAAGAAUAUGGAGACUGUGUAUCAAAUCGACAUCUUUAGAAACUCAAGAAGAUGACAUUAUAAGACUGAAAGAGAACACCUUUACAGUAGAAAGUAAAAGUAUUAAAAUAGAAUUUGCGGUUACUCUGGAGACUGUACUAGCUGGUCAUGAAAACUGGGUAAAUGCAGUUCAUUGGCAACCUUCAUUUUACAAAGAUGGUGUUCUACAACACCCAAUGAGACUGCUGUCUGCCUCAAUGGAUAAAACUAUGAUUCUCUGGGCUCCAGAUGAAGAAUCAGGAGUCUGGCUAGAACAGGUUCGAGUAGGUGAAGUUGGUGGGAAUACAUUGGGGUUUUAUGAUUGCCAGUUUAAUGAAGAUGGCUCCCAGAUCAUUGCGCAUGCUUUUCACGGAGCACUGCACCUUUGGAAGCAGAAUGCAACUAACCUAAAAGAGUGGACUCCAGAGAUUGUCAUUUCAGGACACUUUGAUGGUGUCCAAGACCUAAUGUGGGACCCAGAAGGAGAAUUUAUCAUCACAGUUGGAACUGACCAGACAACACGACUUUUUGCUCCAUGGAAGAGAAAAGACCAAUCACAGGUGACUUGGCAUGAAAUUGCAAGGCCUCAGAUACAUGGAUAUGACCUGAAAUGUUUAGCCAUGAUUAACCGGUUCCAAUUUGUAUCUGGUGCUGAUGAAAAAGUUCUUCGAGUUUUUUCUGCUCCUCGGAAUUUUGUGGAAAAUUUUUGUGCCAUUACAGGCCAAUCACUGAAUCAUAUACUUUGUAAUCAAGAUGGUGAUCUCCCAGAAGGAGCUGCUGUCCCUGCUUUGGGAUUAUCAAAUAAAGCUGUAUUUCAGGGAGAUAUAACUCAGCCUUCUGAUGAAGACGAACUGUUAACUAGUACUGGUUUUGAGUAUCACCAGCUGGCCUUUCAACCGUCCGUACUUACUGAACCUCCCACCGAGGAUCAUCUUUUGCAGAAUACAUUGUGGCCUGAAGUUCAAAAAGUUUAUGGACAUGGUUAUGAAAUAUUUUGUGUUGCUUGUAGCAAUUCAAAGACUCUGCUUGCCUCAGCCUGUAAGGCAGCUAAGAAAGAGCAUGCAGCUAUCAUUCUCUGGAACACUACAUCUUGGAAACAAGUGCAGAAUCUAGUUUUCCACAGUUUGACAGUCACACAGAUGGCCUUCUCACCUAAUGACAAGUUCUUACUAGCAGUUUCCAGAGACAGGACCUGGUCAUUGUGGAAAAGGCAGGACACAGCAUUACCUGAACAAGAGCCUAUCUUCACUCUCUUUGCCUUCACCAACCAAGUCACCGCUGUGCACAGUCGGAUUAUUUGGUCUUGUGAUUGGAGCCCUGAUGGGAAGCACUUCUUCACAGGGAGUCGGGAUAGAAAGGUGGUUGUCUGGGGCGAGUGUGACUCCAACAAUGAAUUCAUGGAGCACAGCAUUGGCCCAUGCUCCUCAGUCCUGGACGUGGGGGGGUCUGUGACAGCCGUCAGCGUCUGUCCAGUGCUGGACCCGUCACAAAGAUACAUUGUGGCGGUAGGAUUGGAGUGUGGGAAGAUUUGUUUGUACAGCUGGAAAAAGACUAAUCAAAUUCCAGAAAUAAAUGACUGGACCCAGUGUGUAGAAACAAGUCAAAGCCAAAGUCAUACACUUGCUAUCAAAAAACUUUGCUGGAAGAAUUGUAAUGGAAAAAAUGAACAGAAUGAAUCAGAAAGUGCCGAAUGGCUAUACUUCGCCAGUUGUGGAGAAGAUCAUACUGUGAAGAUAUACAAAGUUAACAGAUGUGCACUGUAAUGGACUUCAUGAUCACUAGUAUCUUAAA